GUGUGUGUCUAUGUGUGUAUGUGUGUGUGUGUGUUUGUGUGUGUGUGUGAGUGUGAAUGUCAACCUGUUGUAGUUUGGCACAGACGCGGUAUAACGUGCCUGAAUGCCCCGUUUCGUCAGACAAAGGAUCGACCCAUCGGGUGCGAUCGGGCUUGGCUGACGUCGAGGGCAUUGCGCGGCCUCUGGGCGGGCUCGAGCGGCUCUUGGUGGUGGGAUGUCCUUGUCGUGCCGCCUCGAGUUGUCGCAGCAAGAGUACAUUGUCACUUUUGUGGUUCGGGGCUGUAUCUUCUUCAGUUUUUGCUCUCUGGUAGCACUCAUAUGUCUUGGAUGGAACGAUACUGUGGCGUCGCUAUUCGCACUGAGAAAGGUUCUCCGAUCGCCUGCCUUACCGCCGCGUCUUUGCACGUCCUUCGAUGCCAGAGUUUCGAAGGAGCUGAACAGGGCAAGGGUGGCGCGAUUGCAGCACGUUGUGGAUUCGGUGCUGAUGCCCAUUUCGGCGGGUAUAUUUUUGCCGCAGGGGAUGUUCAUUUAUGCCGCGGAUGCCUCCGACAGGAGUGUUGUUGUCAAGGCGGUGGCCAUGUCUUUGCGUCAUUUAGCAUCGCUGUACUUGAAGUACUCGAGACGUUCAUCGGGCUUCUCUGUCGUGGACAUAGAGUGCAUGUUCAAGUUUUUUAUGGCGUGCAUUGCGGUGCGAACGUACGUUGAAGACACACACGUACUGUUCCUCAUGUAUGGCGGCUUCUAUACCGCGGCACGAGUGAUUCUCGCGGUCUCGCUACUUGAUUGCAAGAUGUCGGUGAGAUGGAACAUGGUUCUUUCUGCAGUGACGUGCCUUUCUUCCUGGAAGCGGCGCGAGCAGCUAUGCAUGGACGGACACUCUUCCAUGGCCGCCGUUGUCCACCAGUGCAUGAUUGAAAUGGUUACCUGUGCCCUGAUCUGCUUUGCCUCAGCAUUCUUGGAGGCCUGCGAGAAAGACCGCGUCAAGGCAUCCGUAGAGUCCAGCCAGUCUUGCAGGGAGCAUCGGGCAGUUCAGACACUGCUAGGUGUACUCUGCGACGCGCAGCUGCGCAUCUGCCCACAAUGUAACGUCAUCGCCCAUUCCCCACACCCGUUGGACUUGCUGGGCUCAGGAGGCACGAGGAACACGGUUCAUGGAUGCAGUUUUUUGCAGCACUUGCUGGAGUCCGACCAGCAGCGCUUCCAGGACUUCAUCUCUGGGGCGGCGGUGUCGCAGCAGCGCUCUCAAGAUUUCUCGUCCGAGCACGUCGCCGCCUCAAUAGCCCAAGGCCCGAGCUUGGCCGACUGCCCCAUGGGCCACGCGAUCUCCAUACAGGUGUCCCUGCGGAGGGAGGGCGGAGCGCACCCGACCCCGGUGGAGCUGUUCCUGAUCCACGUCGGCGACGUCCAGGAAGCCCCCGAGUUCCUGAUGGGCAUCCGGAAGACCUGCGAGGCGCUGCCGCGGGAGGCCUGCGUGGCUGCCCCCGGUGCCGUGGCGCCGCAGCAGCCCGCGGCGGCCCAGACGGCGCGCGCGCCCGCUCCCGAGGGCCCGAGGACGCAGGCCGCGGGCGCGCCGCCGGCGGGAGAGCAGCGCCCGUCGUGCGGCGCGGCGCCGGCGUUGGCCCAGCAGCAGCGGGCGCCGGUGCAGCGGCCCGUCCACGGCGUCGGCCGGAGGUCCCGCAGCUCCAUCUCGUCGUCCUCGAGGGCCUCCUCCUCGUCCGCGGGGAGCUGCGCGACGGACGCGGGCCGUGUCUCGUCCGUCUGCCUGCGGCUGGACACCGCGAGCAGGGGCAUGCGCGUCGAGGGCAUGCUGCUGCGCUUCGAGGGUGGGCGCCGUCCGCCGCGCCUGAGCGAUUGGCUUCCGAAGGAGAUCGUGGAUGAGGUCCACAGGAGUUGCCAGGAUCUCGCGAACCAGAGGGAGUACAGGCGUGGCGAGGAACUGGUCGCGGGCGUCGGCUCCGGUGCGGUGCGGUUCUCCAGCGGCUGCGCUGCGUUCCUGCUGGCGGAGCGCGCAGAGCUUGCGGUCGACGGCUACACCGACGGCCCGCGUGAUUCGGACGAAGACGGGUCCGACUAUUUCAAUCCGAUCGUAUUCAUGAACCUGCUUGGAGUGUCGAAGCUUCGCGUGCCCUGGCACGGCGGGCCGCAGGGGGCCCCGAGGAGGCUGCGCCCGAUCGACGAGGCGCCGGCGAGUGCGGCGUGAGGUGGCAGCGCGCGGGCACUCCGGAGGAGAGCCAGGGAGGGACCCCCGGAGAGGGCGGCAGGGAGAGAGAGGGCGCCCAAAGCACCGAUCAGGGGCAACCACAUUCGCGAAUGAAGACUAGGGUCAGUGGUUGGCCGUUGACAUCGAGGCCUGGUGCGAGCCUCUGGUUUUCCCAUGCAGUGCGCAGACGUAGCAGUACAGCACUUGCGGAUCGUGGCGUCUUAUCGCUUCUCGGAGAAUCUACGCCCCCCUCUCUCCUCCCUUCACCCCGCUACCGGUUCCUACUCCUACUCCUGCCGCCCCCUCCCUCUUCCUUCCGUCCCGUGGAUGGACAUUUAGUCCUACGUAUCUCGCAAUGCGCCGCGUCUGCCGUACGGGUGGGGUCCAUCUUCGCUGAGUUGCCGAUGCUUGCGGUGGUUUGAUGCACGCACGUGUGAUUCCUCUGCGUGUCGUGUGGGCUCUCUGUGUUUUGCCAAGCGCGUACAGCGGAUGACUCCUGCGGUGAACGUGUCGCCGUUGUUGACGUCCGCAUGUGGAACCCCGCACCGCCAGAGCUACGCUACUGGCCCGCCCCCGAGGUGCAUGAUCCAAGGGCGCCCUCGAGGGCACGAAGUUAUUCGCGCUUCGCGCUUCGUAGUUCGGCUCCGAUUCC